AUGCCCGGCCUCACCCUGGAACGGGGCCACGGUCCCGCCCUCCCCCAUAGCCCGAAUGUGUCUCCGAUGGACGGUGAGACAAUCGCUGUUUCUACGACAGGAGGGUCAACAACGCAGGCGGAUACCGCCGGGGAUGCACGCUCGGAAUGCGGCAGCAUGCAACAGAGCUCUUCAGAGUUGCGCUAUGUCGGCGGCGAUCACUGGGCUGCUAUUCUCGAAGGAAUUGCCGAGCUCAAGGACCAUUUUGACCGAGAAGAACAGCUUCGCCUGCUUCGCCUCGCACAGGACGACGGAGAGGCGGCCGACAGGGACAACCCGAAUCAACUUCCAAGACCCGGGCCGCUCCAUUCGCUGCUCCUAUAUGGAUGCUCGCUGCCAGCAUCGCGAGCGGAGAUUCUAGCCGCGUUGCCGCCCAAGAGUGCGGUCAACCGCUAUGUAUCUCGCUACUUCAACCGCUUAGACUUGGUUCACGCCAUCAUCCACGGCCCCAGCUUUCUCCGGGAGUAUGAUGCGUUCUGGAUCAAUCCCUCCAGUGUGUCCAUUGCCUGGCUAGGACUCCUCUUCAGCAUGAUGUGUCUUGCCCUGCUCGCGUCAGACGCAUCCGACACUACGCACGGUGACCCGGAGCACCGCGCUCUGCAAGUCGACCUUUACCGAGAGAAAACGGUCCAAUGUCUCGUCUUGGGCGAAUACACCAAGGGCGGACCUCACGUGCUGGAAACGAUUGUGCACUACCUCUACAUCGAACUGAACCUCCGGGGUGACGCCGACCAGGAUAUCUGGUUGCUGUUCGCGCUGGAAGUGAAUCUGGCCAUGCGUAUGGGCUACCACCGCGAUCCUAGCCAUUUCCCUGGCAUCUCUGCGUUUCAGGGCGAAAUGAGACGCCGACUGUGGGCAACCGUUCUCCAAGGUGACAUCCUGGUCUCGGCCCAGAUGGGCAUGCCGCGCAUGAUUUCAGACUGGAAGUAUGACACGAAAGAGCCGCGGAACCUCCACGACAGCGAUCUCGACGAGAGCACGGCCGAGCUGCCCCCGCCUCGAGCGGAAAGCGAGCUCACUCCUGCGCUCGGAAUCAUCGCUCGGAGGAGACUGUUCGUUGCGCUGGGCGCCGUUUUCGAUGUCACGUCUGCCGUCCAGCCGUGCAGUUACGCACAAGUCAUGCGGGUCGAUGCCGUUCUCCAAGACGCCGCCGCCAGCGUCCCUGCCCCCCUGCAGCCGAAACCAAUGGCGCUCAGCAUGACCGACCCCCCCGAGGUCAUCAUGUCCCGUCUGUUUAUCCGCCACCUCUUCUACAUGGGGAAAAUCAUGCUUCACCGCCGCUUCCUCCACUUGAAGUCAACUUCCGCCGACGGGGACGUCUUCGCGUAUUCCCGAACGGCUUGCCUAGACGCAGCCCUGGGCGCACAGCAGAUCCAGGAAGUUCUCGACGAAGAAACGCGCCCAGGAGGGCAACUGUACAUGAUGCGUUGGCGGGUGUCGUCUAUCAUGAACCACACCUUUCUAACUGCCACAAUGGUCCUUUGUUCGAUGGUCUUACGCAACCAGACGCUGCAGCGAGAGGAAGAGAUUCUGAACAUGCUAGCGAGGACGAGGGCUAUCUGGAUGCGAGCCAGCCCCAAAUCCUCCGAAGCCAAAAAGGCCGCACAGACACAUGUCGAGCAGGGUAUGGAGUUUGAGUGUCUGCAAGUUGAACUUGGGCAUGAUGGCUUGCUGGGUGAGGAACAUGGUUUGGGGAGUCUGGGCUUGAGCUCGGUGCUCGCCGCGCCGCUCCCGGCGUUCGCGGUGCCAAUGGGCAAGGCGGCUGUGAUCGAGAUCGCGAGCAGCCUCCUGCUCGAACGCCAGUUGAAAGCCCCGCCGCCGUGUGUGAGGAUGAAUCCGCCUCCCACGCAGAACGUAACGGACGCCCGUUUUGCGGACUUUGUAGAGGCCUUUGUUGGCAAGUCCAAGAACAUCACCAAGGCGUUCGAGUACAUUGCGGCCGAUUACAUCAACCACAACCCAGCAGCUCGGAACGGAUCUGAGUCGGCUUGGAGCAUCCUGAGCCCUAUCUGGCAAAGCACGCCCAUCACCUACCUCCGUUCCACCAUCCAGGGGAACAUGUCCUGGGUCAACUACAGGGCUGGGGGUAUUGGAGAGGUGGUCGACCGGUUCCGGUGGGAAGCCGGUUGCAUCGUUGAACAUUGGGAUCAAGGAGAGAAGUACCCUACUUCUUGAGCCAGUGUUUCUUGUGGUCUCCGGAGACCACGGAAGGAAUUCGGAUCUUGCCCAAGGUGGACGACGGGGCACAUGGACUCGAGGAGCGGGUUGGAAGGAAACCACCGGAGCAGAAACAAACGUCUAAAUGGCUU